AUGGCCAGUAAGCACCACCCCAACCUGGUGCGGCUGUUGGGCUUCUGUGUGCACUAUGAUUCCAGCACGGGCCAGAUUGAGCAAGUGCUCGUGUAUGAGUUCAUGGCCAACCGGGAAUUGGAGAGCUGGAUUGAACCAGGAGCUCCAAGUCAUCUCUCUCUGUUGCAACGACUGGAUGUUCUGAUUGGAGUGGCCAAGGGGUUGCAAUAUCUUCAUGACUUCGGCAUUGUGCAUCGCGACAUCAAGCCAGCCAACAUUCUGCUUGAUGCAAAAAUGCAUGUACGUCUAACUAUGUUUUCUCCUUGCAUUUUUCCCCACAAGGCCACUUCAGCAGCAGAUGUGUACAGCUUUGGUGUGGUGAUGCUGGUGGUCAUCUCGGCACGCAAGGCCGUGCAUAUGAGCGAGACCAGCCAGAUCAGUCUGAAGCAAUGGGAUGCCGUUACAGUCUUCAAGGACCCCUACUUGGACGCACCAGAUGACUUGGUGCUGCGCUGGGCUCGCCUUGCCCUCUCCUGCACCACCAUGCCUGCGGCCUCCCGCCCCUCCAUGAAUCAAGUGCUGGGGGAGCUGGUGAAGUUGAAUCAGGAAGCUUCUGGAGCACAUGAGAGCCAUGUGGGCGAGGCCAAAUCUCGCAUGGACACGGAGCUUGGGAGUUCCAUUGGCUCCUCCAGCUUCACUGCUGAAAUGGCCCGUGCAGAGCGAGGGGUCAUGCCAAGUGGCUUUUCCACAUAA